CCAUGGUGGAUCAAGCCCUUGUUCCAAGAUUUGUCGCUUGAGUUAGUUCCUCGUGUAAGCGACGGACGAGAGACUGGCGGCGCUCGAGAGACAUCGCAAUCCAUUCUUAAAGGUCGACGGUCGAGAGUGAUGGUGGAUGCAAGCGCGUCGGAAAUUAUUGGGACGGAGCCCACAGACACUGGCAAUAUUAGGCGCCAUAGAUGCUAUGGAUCAAGUAUCAUCGUGUGCGCGAUGCAUGCAGCAGUUGUGGCAUGUGUGAUGGCGGGGAUCGUUGUGGGUGCGCAGUCUUCACUGUUCACCUCUACUGUUCACGUCGGGCCCACCAAGAAUCAAGUGCCAGAAACGGCUUUGCAGCAUUACCAGUCGGUCAGUUCUGCUCAAGUAGAGCAGUUGACGCAGCAGGUCUUGGAGCUGAAAGCCAAGCUGUCUGAACAGGAGCGGCAGAGGGAGAGGGCACGUGCUGAGGAGGCGGAGCAGCUGAGGAAGCAGGUCCUGGAACUCCAAGGCCAGCUGUCCUCGGAUCAGUCGAAGCGGCUGGUCCCCCCCGAGCCUCAGCGUGGCAGCGGAAUCGAGAGGGCUGCGGACAGAUUUUUGCAGGCACCUCUGCCCCCAAAAGUCGAGAGGUUCUCUGUCGAGCGACCGCUCGUGUUCAUCCACCAGAGGAAGGCGGGCGGCUCUUCCCUGCGAGUCAUCAUGGUUGGUGUCUGCAAGAAGAAGGGGCUCACAUAUCACAUCAAAUGCUUCCCGAACAUGGGCGAGACAAGAUGCGACUCCUAUAGCUACGGUGAUUCCAUAGUGGCCGUCUAUGGUGGGCAUGUGGACUGGCUGCAGAUGUCCCGCAUGUUUGCGCGGCGGGGCCGCUGGGACACUUCUGACAAAUCUUGGCACCAGGAUGUUGCGCAGUUUUCCUGUUUUACGAACUUCCGAGACCCGUUGUCGCGCAUAGAGUCGUGCUAUUAUUUCCGGUUUCACAAUAAGGGCAAGGGUGCCCCUUCUUGCCUGGCCGAUUUCGCGCCCGAGGAUAUGAGAAGAUUCUUUCAGGCGAGUCGUUCUGAGUACGGGUAUAGCUGUAUGAACGAGCCAUUCCGCAUGUUGAGCAGCUUCGUUGACGAGGCGUUGUUUAGCACAUAUGACGACAGCCAGGAGUGGGAGCUCGCCUUCAGUAGAACAUUGAACAACCUUGCCCGCUGCGUACCGCUGAUAAUGGAAAAUAGCAAGACGCUCGAUGUUGUUGCCUCAUGGUUUCCACAAUUCGGAGAUGUAGUGAAAUUCCCCAAGGUUCAUUCCAUGACGGGCGGCAGCCGAAAGUGUGCCCUCUCCGAGCAGCACUUGGACGUCUUGCGGGAUCUGACGAGGCAGGAGCGCAGACUGUACGACCUGGUUCUGAAGAGGGCCCAGCAGUUCAUUUCGUCCAGCGCACGCUAG